CGGCGGCGGGCGCGGCCCGGCGGCGGGAGCGCGGGGAGCGGGGGCGGCCGCGCUGUAACGGUGCGGGCCCGCGCGGCUCCCGGCCGCCACCGCUGCGGAACGUGCAGCGGAGCGCGCCCGCCCCGCCCCGGGGCCCGGCCCGGCCCCGGGCGGCCCCGCGCCCCCCGACCUUUCACCUACAGGAACCGCUUGCGUGUCCCGCCGCCCCGCAUCCGGGUGCCGGCGCUUGCCGCGGGAGCCGGGCAGAGGAGCCGCGGGGGGAGGCGGCGGCGGGCGAUGGGCGAUGCCCCCUCACGCUGGGCCCGGCCCCGCGCAGCCAUUUUGUGCGGGGCGCCGCGGCGGGGGCGGGCACGGCGCUGGCUCCGCGCCCCCGCCCCGUGAAUCGGCGGCAGGGGCGAUGCGAGGGGCGAGCCGGGGCGGCGGGGAGGGCUGGGGACGGAGGGGCCCCGGCGUUGCGCUAUAGCUUGGCCUCGACGCCUCUCCCUUUCCCUCUCCCGACCCCUGCGCCUCAGCAUUCCCGGGGGGUGACCCUGAGCUUCCCCGAACCCCGCAGCCAUUCUCCGCCUGGCGACGGCAUCACCCCGCCGGUUCGCCCCUCUUGUAUAUCCCUGGCGGCUCUCUGGGUUUAUUUGGGUUAAGGCAGGAUGUCCUGAGCAACACCCGGUAUUAUUUUUAUUGGAUCGCAUGACCCUGUCUCUCUUCCUGCUUAUCGCUGGGCAGUGUGUUUCUUCUAGGCUGCGGACUUUGUGGAGUCUUUAUUUUUUUCUUUGUUGCCAUGUAUUGCUUUAAGUAUAAGAAGCACGGCCGCAUUCCCCAGGAUGCGCUUACAUUUGCAAGUUGUGGAGGGAAUAGAGGAGAUGUCAUGUGUUGUGCAGGUGAACUUACACAACAUAAGAGGGGAAAAGUCUUGAUAGUGACUGAAAGAUGAGUGUGUGGACAUGAUUCUUGAAAAACCAAGUUAGGCAUUCAUUCUUAUGUGAAAUCUCUUGAUUUGAAGCUACUAGUGUCAGCAGAGUGGACUUGGGAAAGUGGUGUAGCAGGAAGAGCUGCAUCCACACUUGUCAUGGGAAAGUAAGAUGGGGAAAAAAUUCAAGUACUUUUCUAUAGGACAGCUUCCUGGUUUUGGAAUCAGCACUGUAAGUAGAAAUAUUAGUAUCUGACCGGUGGGAAAGCUUCACAAUUUCUGUGCCGGUUCAGACAGUGUUCAUCUGGUGACUCUUUCUAAUUUUGUAUGGCUUUUUAUGUAAGUUAUUUUUCUGAAAAUAAUUCUGUGAAUAAUUUCCCCACCCGCUUUAGUCCAUGGUUGGCAGCUGUGGCAUGAGAUAUCCAGCAGAGCAUUUUAGCCUAUGGCUUGCUCCUUGCUGUACAGCUUUACUCAGGGGCACCUGUUUGAGUGAAGUCUUAAGGUCUGUGAAAUGUUUGCUUGCUUCUCUCUGUAGCUCUUUCUCCAGAGAUACUGCAGAGCCUCUCUUAUCACAGGACGAAGUAUUUUCAUGUGAUGGUGGUCAGCUGUAUGUGUGCACGUGUGUGAUAAUACAAGGAAGGUAACUGAGGUCACCCAGAGGGGUGUGCAGUCCUCAGCUGCUUCUGCGCUUCCCGAGCGCUGCUCUGAAUGGUUGGGCACCACUUGCCAAGUCUGCUGCAUUCUGCAACAAAUCAAAAUACUUAUUACAGAAAGAAGCUCACACUAGAUAAAUUAGCUAGCUUUAAGUCUUCUCAAUUAUUAUUAAUAUUUCUGGUUUUCUUACUGGUUGUAUUUUCUUGUGAAACGUACUCUUGAAGGGAGCAAGUUUUAUAGGAGUUCUGAUGUCUUCAAGAAUAGUUAUAUCCCAGGCUGGAUUGUGGGAGAGGAGGGUUUUUUUGUUUGGGGUUUUCAUGGUUCUGGUGCUUUUUUAAAGCCUGUCUUAAUUUUUCAGUUGAAGGUUUUUAGCCUGUGAAGAGAAAACCCUAAGCAGCAUGUGUAAGUCUGAAGCUGACAUUGUUUUUGGGGAAAAGGGGUCGAACUGGAUGGCCUCCAGAAGUACCUUUCGACAUGAAUUAUUUCAUGAUUGUAUUGUUAUUAAAGGUCAGGGGAAGCAGACAGGUGUGCAAAGAACCAAAACCAAACAAAACCCCACUGAUAUUGUAGCAUGCAGUUAUAUAGCUCACCUGUGAAAUACAGCUACAGAUUCUUAUAGCUAAUGUGGUAGUCCAGUGAAAACUGACUUUGAUCCAUAAUGUGAAAUCUCAUAUUUACAAUAGUAAGAUUAGUUUGUUCCCUACGCUUAUACUUCAUUUUUGCUUUAAUUUAUCAUGUACUUAUUAUAUUAUGUAAAUAAAGUUUGCACAGCCAGUGAAUUUGCUGGAGUUUCCUUGGAGUGAAUGAAAGCAGUCUCCCUGAAGAAAGUAAUUUGUGUGUAAUGUUUGGCUCAAAAGAACCUGAAAAAAAGCAGUACCUCAAGCAUAAAUAAGGAGUUUAACUGUAUGGAAGGACUAGAGUGGUGUCACAUCUUAACUUGUCCACGUUUUUUCUGCUGGUGGACAAAGUGUGGCUCUCAGCUGGCAGAGGCUGCAGCUGGUACAGGUGUGUGUGUCUGUCCUGCUUCAGCAGCCAUCCUGGCUUAAGCACUUUCAAUAGUAACCUUUGCUAACCUGAGUUAUUUAGGCUGAUGGAGAUCAGGGAGCCUGUGGGUGGGUUUAACAUCCCCUGUGAAGCAGCAGUAAUCUGCUGGGGAGGGUUACCCACAGGCUCUGGCUGGCAAGCUCUCUGCUUUUUUGUCACACACAGGCUGCAGUGUGCAACCAGCAGUGACCGUCAGGGGAAACUAACCUGUACCUGCCUUCCUUUCUGGCAAAGUUUUUACUUCUUUUCUUUUUCCUCCUCAGUUCCAGGCUGCUUUUAGCACUUUAAACUUGUGCCUGUACACUACUGGGAUAAAGUACUGCUGCAAACCAGAAUUAUAUCAGUAGAAUUUUAUGGAUAAAACUGCAAAGGUACUGUUAAUUAAAUUCUUACUCUUGUGUAUGCACACCUCUCCGUAUUUUUACCCUUCAGUCAUCAGCUUUUAAUUUGAGAUCACUGCAUUACUUGCCAAAAUCUUAAAUCAGGAAAGGAUUCAUUUUUUGUAAAACCAAACUCUAUAAAAUUCCAGUUCUCUGAGACUGAAAGAUGGCCUGUGUUGUCUGAGUCCCGUGUAUCUGAUGAUGCAGUGCUGCAGAUUUUGUAAGGAAAUACAUUCCUUCCUGAAGAUCAUGGUCUAAGAACUGCCUUUCUGUAUCAAUAUUUAGACUAAUUUUGUUGGCUUUGCCAGGCCUUCUCUAAAAGGCUGUUUACAUUUGUUUAAUUUAAAUUACUUUUGUUCAACUUGGUAGUAAGCCAGGCUGGAGGAAGCUCAGUAUUUCAAUGCCUUUGUCAGAAGUUAAAGUGGAAACUUGAAAAAUUUAAACCACCUAAAAACUAAUGCCAAACCCUCUGCUAUUGUCAUGUGAGCCCUCAUAAACGGUUAUUCUAUUCCAAAUAAGUUGAGGUUGCUGUUUAUAAUUUAGCAGUAACUUUGUGGUGUGAGAACUACCCUCUUUAGUGUGGUAAUGUGUUUCCCUUGAAGUCUUAGCAGGGCAGUGUGUCAACAUGAUUCUUAAUUUGACUUAAUAGGAACAUUUUUUUCAGAGUGCCUUUCACAUGUUUAUAGGAAUUGAAAAAAUCCCAAACCAAACAAAAUAAAUUCACAAACACACACACCCACAUCCUAUUAACAAAAUCUAAUCCUGUGUAGUUGAUAAUGAAGGAAAAAAACAGGGAAUCACAAAAUUACUUGGGUUGGAAGGGAACAUAAAGAUCAUUUAGUUCCAUCCGCCCUGCCAUGGGCAGGUGUGCCAUGCAUUACAUUAGUUUGCUCAGAGCCCCAUCAAACCUGGCCUUGAAUGUUCCCAGGGAUGGGGCAUUCACAACUUCUCUGGACAACCUGUUCCAGUUCCUCACCACCCUCGCAGUCAAGAAUUUCUUAACAUCUAAUCUAACCUGCUCCCUUUCAGUUUGAAGCCAUUCCCCCGUGGCCUGUCACUACAUGCCCUUGUAAGAAGUCCCUCUCCAUCUUUCUUGUGGGCUUCCUUAAGGUACUGGAAGGCUGCAGCUGGGUCACCCUAAGCCUUCUCUUUUCCAAGCUGAACAAUUCCAAUUCUCUCAGCCUUUCCUCACAGGAGAGGUGUGCCAUUCCUUUCAUCAUCUUGGCGGCUUCCUCUGGACUCUCUACAACAGCUCCAUGUCCUUCCUGUGCUGGGACCCCAGAGCUGGAUGCAGCACUGCAGGUGGGCUCUCACAGGAGCAGAGGGGCAGAAUCCCCUCCCACAGCUUGCUGGCUGUGUGUUUCUGGAUGCAGCCCCAGGACAUGUGUGGUUUUCUGGGUUGCCAGUCCACAUUGCUGUGUCCAGCGUCUCAUCCAGGAGAAUCCUCGAGUCCUUGGCAGGCUGCUCUUGAUCAGUUCAGCCCCCAGAACAUUUUACAUGGGACAAUGUCAACAGUGAUUUACUGGAAGGAUGUGUGAGAAACUCGGUUUUGUUGUAUGAGGAUUUUUCUUCUUUGUUUGGGUUUUUUGUUUUGUUUUUCCUUCUAAUCUGAAGGAAGCUUCCAUGGAUGUGCAGAUGUGCACGUUUGUAAGGGUUGUCAUAUUAGUAGUAUUGUUGGAGAGGUUUGCUGAUUUCUGUAGAGUAUCUUCAUGUAUCAACUACCUUAUCUGUGGCUGUCGUUCAGUGAAUACUCCAAAUACUGCAAAUGGUCAUCUUGCAUGACACCUGAAUGGGCAGUUUGGCAUUAUAGAUAAGCUGGUGUAGCAUUGUGGGCUUUUUUUCCAAAAAGAAGUGGUCUUGAUUCUGGUUCUACUUGCUUUUCCUGUGUUGUGUGUAACAGUUGUUAGGGGCAGGGUGAAUAAAGUCAGAAGCUGAGUUUGCAGCUAUACAACCAUGAAGGCAAAUGCAGAGUGGAACAAAGCCAGCAGUGGGGCCACCUCUCAUGAAAUACUGCAAUUGUACCAUAGAGAAUGUAUUGCCUCCAAGUGUUUGGAAAGAAGGGUUUGCCCUUGCUAUGAUGUGUUAAGGUGAUCUUUCUGUGGCAGCUGGAACAGACCUGGCUGAACCUAAUCCAGUGAAUGGGGAAGUCUUCAGUCAGAUGAGCUUCCUGGUCCUGGUUCGUGGUGCAGCUUCAGCUCUGGUGCAGGGAAUCAGUUUGGGGUUUUUUCUCAGUUUUUCCUUUUGCAGGCUUCAGGUAGAGAUGCAGGCUAUGGCUGAUGGUACACAGGGCAGGUUACCUGAUUAAGUGGCUGUCUCCUUACCUAGCUCUGGCAUGUAGCCAGUGCUCCUGUGAGUAGGCUCCACUUGCAGACAGCCCUUGCCUUUCCCCCUGCUUUUCCCAGUUGGUUGUGGGACUAGUGAGCUAAGUCAGCUCGCCUGUAGCUGAUGGGGCAGGUUCUAGAGAUACCAUGAUAGAAGAAGCCAAGGCCUAAAAGUGAGACUAUCCCUUUGGCCCAAACUGUAAAAAUGAUUUGUUAGUCAAGUGAAAAUUUAUCCUAGUGAUUCUGUUUUCUCGUGUUUCCUCCCAGUGUAGCACUUGCUUACAAGAAAAGGUAGUGAGAACACUGAUUUUAAAUUAAUUGCACAGGCAUGCCUCCAAAUGCGUCUCUUUUUGUAUUGCUCUGUGCAUUGUAAUUACUCCCUUAUGCUUUUGCAAGCGUCUCAUUUUCCCUUGUUUGCCUGCAGGUCCAGCUGCUUCAGUUCUGUGUUGUUACUUACCCUGAUAUAUGCACUGUCUAAAUCUUGGUCUCAUGUGAAUUUAAAAAACAGUAUCUAACUGGGUGUCAAGGGUCACAUAAAUAUUCCUCAGUUCAUUAAUUAAGAGACUCUUACUCCUUUAAAUCUGCUAGCUGUUCUGCCCUCUUGAACAGUGUGGUUUAUAGAACAAUAAUCCUAGAACAGCUCAUUUAGCUUGCUGUGUUCAUUGAGCUUUUCCUGUAGCACUGAACACAGGAGCAUCAUUUGUUUCACUAAUGUGUUUGAAUUCCUUGGUUUAAUUUACUAUCUGUAAAGCAUUGCAGAAUACUGCUCUAACGUAUAAAGAAAUCUUUGGGGGGGGGUCUUUAACUUAUUUAAGCACUAACUCAGGCAUGUUUAAUCAUAGAGGGAUCGUUAAGUGCAUUCUGUUUCAUGUGUAGGAGUUUAUUAAACAAUUUUGGCACAGGCUAUGCUGAAUUCUUAAUUAGUAUAUGAUUAGUUUGCUAAUGGAAGUGAGGACUAGUUUCCAUUUUAAGGUACAGAGUACCUGUAAGCCCAAUGUCAUGACCUGAGCUAAAAUCCUUAGUUGACUUUGAGAUAUAUUGAAAUUAUUCAGUACUGAAGCAGUAUGACUACAGAAAGAGAUUGUUUCCUCUUCUUUUGCAGUUGGUUUUCUGUUUUAUUAACUUCUUGAGCUUUCCUAAAAAGUCAUGUUGACCUUCCUGUGUUUUACUGUGUGUCAUGGUUUAACCCCAGGCAGCUACUUGCUUGCUCACCCAUCAGUGGGACUGGGGAGAGACUUGGAAGGGCGAAAGCUGGAAAACUCGUGGGUUGAGAUAAGGACACUUCAGUAGGGAAAGCAGAAGCCACCCAGACAAGCAAAGUGAAACAAGGAAUGAUUCACUGUAUCCAGCUGACUGGCAGGUGUUCAGUCAUCUCCAGGGCAGGUUGCUGGCUGAAUAUCGGAUGUGAUGGCAGGACCCUAUCCUGUGUAAUGCCUGCUUGGGAAGGCAAAUGCCAUCACUCCGUCUCCUUCUUCCUCUUUCCAUUUUUAUAUACUGAGCACGAUGUCAUAUGGUACAGAGUAUGCCUUUGGUUACCUGUCCUGGCUGUAUCUGCCACCCAUCUCCCAUGUACCUCCAACUUCCUCACCAGUGUGGCAGCACAGAAAGCAGAAAAGGUCUUGGCUGUGUGUAAGCACUGUAAGAAAUAACAAAAACGUCUCUGUAUUAUCAGCCCUGUGUUUAUGACAAAUCCAAAACACAGCCCCAUACCAGCCACUGCAACGAAAGUCAACUUUCCCCUAGCCAAAACCAGCACACUGAUAAAAGAACAAAAAGUCAAGUUCACGGUAACUUCUGCAGUCAUAACUAGUUAAUGUAUCUCUAAAGGAUGUAGAGCACACUUGUGUAACUUCAUUAGUUUAACAGGUUGAUUUCAUCUAGGAAAGACCCCUGUAUUAAGACACAUUCCAUACAUUGUAAUUAGAAGAAUCAUUAUUCAUUCCAUACACAGAGUCAAACUGGUUUGACACUGCCAGCAGAGUAAAUUAAACGACUAAAAUUUUACAAACAUUGUUUUUGUACCAGUAAAACUGGUCAGGGGUAUGCGGUACUUUUUUCCAAAGUAAACUGAAGAUCUUUGGAAUGGACAGAAUUUUCUCAUGUUGUGUCUGUGUCUUCAUGCUGUUGUGGUUUGUUCUUACUCAUUUAAAGGACAUUACAUCAGAAUCAAGGCACUUGAUAGCGGGCCAGCUAUGCUAACAGUGUAGUGUAAUAAAAUGAGAGAUGUUGUCUCUUAUAUCAAAUUGAGCAUUGAAACCUAAAGAAAUAUACUUCCUGGUACUACUUUUAAAGUCCUUAGCCUACAUGGGUAUAAUAUUUAAAAAUACUAUUAAUAGGAACCUCUACUAGGAUAAUUAAAGUUGUGUAACUUUUGUCCCUGGAGAAGGUUAAGUUAAAUGGUGAUGUCUUCUGGGUAUAACUUAACUGUACUAGUGGAGAGGUUAGUGCUUCUGACUACCAACCCUCAAAAUUGCUGUCUGCUCUCGUGGGAAUGUUUCCUGACCCAUUUCAGUUGAAGCCUGAAAUACUUUAAAAAGACUGUCUUAUGAGUGAUUAAGUAUACCUGAUGUGAAGUCUUAACACAGAUACCCUAGGAAAUUCUGGUGGUUAAAGAUCAUGGCAACCAUAGAGGAACUGGCCCAUCAAAUUUUUGAACAGCAAAUGGGAGAGGUUACACAUUCCCAGGAAGGUGGUACACAGACACUAAUGGAUGGGACACCACAACGAAUACAGAUUGUCCCUACAGAUUCAGGCCUCUCUUUAUCACAGCGUAUACAGAUUGUCACAGAUCAGCAGACGGGCCAGAAGAUUCAGAUUGUUACAUCACUUGAUCAGAGCUCAGCAGGCAAGCAGUUCAUCUUAACAAAUCAUGAUGGCUCUACCCCAAGCAAGGUGAUCCUUGCCAGACAAGAUUCCACUCCAGGAAAAGUUAUCCUAGCAACUCCAGAUGCUGCAGGUGUCAACCAACUGUUUUUUGCAUCCCCUGAUAUAUCUGCACAACACAUCCAGAUUUUAACAGACAACUCCCCCAAUGAACAGGGCCUCAAUAAAGUGUUUGAUCUGUGUGUUGUGUGUGGAGACAAAGCAUCAGGGCGGCAUUAUGGAGCAGUAACCUGUGAGGGAUGCAAAGGAUUCUUUAAAAGGAGCAUACGGAAGAAUUUAGUUUAUUCCUGCCGAGGAACGAAAGACUGCGUCAUUAACAAGCACCACCGGAAUCGCUGUCAGUAUUGUAGGCUGCAGAGAUGCAUCGCCUUUGGGAUGAAACAAGAUUCUGUACAGUGUGAGAGGAAACCUAUUGAAGUGUCAAGAGAAAAAUCUUCGAACUGUGCAGCUUCUACAGAAAAGAUCUACAUUCGGAAAGAUCUUCGUAGUCCAUUAGCUGCAACCCCAACUUUUGUAACAGACAAUGAAACAGCAAGAUCAACGGGUUUGCUGGAAUCAGGAAUGUUUGUUAACAUUCAUCCGUCUGCAAUAAAAAGUGAACCUACUGUGCUUAUGACUCCAGAUAAGGUGGAAGCAUGUCAAGGAGAUUUAAGUACACUGGCAAAUGUGGUGACUUCAUUAGCAAAUCUCAGUAAAUGCAAAGAUGUGUCACAAAGCAGUACAGAGCUAUCCAUGAUCGAAAAUUUGAGUAACGGAGAUGCAUCAUUAUCUGAACUCAAGCAAGAAGAACAAGCUAGUAGUGAUGUUACAAGGGCAUUUGAUACUCUUGCAAAAGCAUUAAAUCCAGGAGAGAGUGCAGCAUGCCAGAACUCUGAAAGUAUUGACACCAGUGCACAGCUGCUUGGUGGAGAAACAAGCAUGAACAUCGUUGAAAUAGAGGGGCCACUACUCAGUGAUGCUCAUGUAGCAUUCAGGCUCACCAUGCCUUCUCCUAUGCCCGAUUAUCUUAAUGUUCACUAUAUUUGUGAGUCUGCCUCCAGGUUGCUUUUCUUGUCCAUGCACUGGGCACGUUCCAUUCCAUCUUUCCAAGCUUUGGGACAGGAUAACAGCAUAUCAUUAGUAAAAGCCUGCUGGAAUGAACUUUUUACGCUUGGUCUAGCACAAUGCUCACAAGUUAUGAAUGUGGCAACGAUCUUAGCUGCUUUUGUUAAUCACCUUCAAGGCAGUUUACAACAAGAUAAGCUGCCAACAGACAGAGGAAGACUAGUAAUGGAGCAUGUUUUCAAAUUGCAAGAGUUUUGUAACAGCAUGGUUAAACUGUGUCUAGAUGGAUAUGAAUAUGCAUAUUUGAAAGCAAUCGUCCUCUUCAGUCCUGAUCAUCCAGGUCUAGAAAAUGUGGUACAGAUUGAGAAAUUCCAAGAGAAGGCUUACAUGGAGUUCCAAGACUAUGUAACAAAGGCGUAUCCGGAUGAUACUUACAGACUAUCUAGACUUCUUCUCCGAUUGCCUGCUCUCAGGCUGAUGAGUGCUGCCAUCACUGAGGAGCUGUUCUUCGCAGGACUGAUUGGCAAUGUUCAGAUUGACAGCAUCAUCCCAUACAUUCUGCGAAUGGAGACAGCAGACUACAACUCUCAGAUCAUAGGUCAUGGUGUGUAAAAGGAGCAGUCCAGGAUUCUGUACCAUGGCAAUCAUGGUAAAUGCGUACCCUGUCUCCAAGAGAUGGUCGUAAGCCUUCCAAUGCACCUUUCCAAAGAAGGCUCAUAUUCCUCCUUUCCAGUACACUUGGGAAACAUGGUGGAGUGUAUUAGGAUAUAGGAUCCCUUCCUGUUCUUCAUCUGUCUUCAAGGACUUGUAAAUUAACUUGAUAUCUGAAGAAGGUCAAGAAUUGUCCAUCCUAUUUUUGUAGGUAGACGGACUUGGAAUAUUUGUUUAUGAAGUUCAGGUUUAUGAGGAAACUGAAGAAGCUUUGAUUGAACUAAGGUAUCUCAACUUAGUUUGAUGUUUUAGACAAAUAAAUUAACUUUCCUCUCUGAGUUUUGUUUUCAGUGUUUUGCUGCUAGUUAUUUUUCACGUAUCAAAUGGAAAAUACAUAAUCAAACACCCCGAAAAGGCCAGUUUCCAUGCAGACAAGACCCAGCUUAGUUCUGGCUGUUAUUUUGAAGAGUGAUUUGUUUCCUGCUGAAUUAAACACUGGAUACCAUACCCCAAGUGCAGGGAAAUAGAGGACGUUCACAUUUAAAAAUAUUCUGAUGUUAACAUUGAUGCAGCUGAUCAAAAGAGACGCAGCAGAGUCAAUAGUGACUGUUUUGCAGAUGCCACAGAAUACUAUAGUCUAACAAUAAUGUGGUAGACAUCAGCUAUUUUAUACUAUGAAAAACUAACGGAAAAGUGUAUACUGCAGGCAUUCAAAGACAGCAUACUCCUGCUUUUUCUGAUCUCAGAGCUUUUUCACACUACCCCUCCCUCUUUAAUACUCAGUGCCCAGUGAUGGAGGCAUUCUAGAUGCCUUUUAACUUUUGUCCAUGUCUUUAUUUUUGGUUAUGGUUAGCCCUUGGGUAUGUAAUUCUCUUUUCCAACCAGUCUUCUUUGAUUCCUUUUCAAAGUUGAGUUUGUCAAAUCCAGUGUCCUUCCAUAUGUGAGCAUAGCCUCUGCUGCUUUUCCUUUCAUCAUUGGAAAUGGGUCUAGAUACUCCAUGCAUGUUGCCUGAAUCAUACUCCAUAGCUUCAUCCAAGGGCGAGUUUAAAUGCUCUUCUGUCUUCAGGACGUGACUCAUGUGACAAGUAACACUGACAUGUGGUUGCUUCUUGCUUCCUUUUGCAACAGAAAGUUAUGCACCCCUGGCAUGUUUAUUUCCUGCUGCUUAAAAUGAGAGAAGUAUCCUAGUGAAAAUGAUGGUCUUCUUUAGACAUUAGCAUUUAGGAUUUUCUGAACCUUAGGUCAAGGCUGAGGAAGAGCCUGACCCAAUCAAGAAACACAUGCCUGCACCAGAAAUUGACUAGCCAGAAGGUCGGAUUUAAUGGAGGCCUUUGCCCACUCUGCAGUGGCAGUUCCAAGGCCACCCUAACACCAAGAGACUACAAGGUGGGGCUUGGGUUAUAAAGUUCUUGAGUUCUGUAGUUUUUUUUCUCAGCAUCAGAGGAUCACUACCAGACAGAAAACCUGAGAAUUGCCUCUGGCACUGAAUUUCUGUGUUCUUCUCAAUUCUACUAACUGAGCUGCUUGGACCUUUCGCUACCCAAGCUCCAUAAUCGGAGACUGUAUCAUAGAAUCACAGAAUCAGAUGAUGGUUGGGGUUGAAAGAGGCCUUAAAAAUCAUCUAGUUCCAGCCACCUCUAUGGACAGGGACAUCUUCCACUAGACCAGGUUGCUGAGAGCCCCACUCAACCUUGCAUUGAAUACAUCUAAGAAUGGGGCAUUCACAGCUUCUCUGGACAACCUGUUCCAGUCCCUCACCACCCUCGCAGUCAAGAAUUUCUUAACAUCUAAUCUAACCUGCUCUCUUUCAGUUUGAAGCCAUUCCCCCUUGGCCUGUCAUUACAUGCUCUUUAAUAAAAAGUCCCUCUCCAUCUUUCUUGUGGGCUUCCUUCAGGUACUGGAAGGCUGCAGCUGGGUCACCCUAAGCCUUCUCUUUUCCAAGCUGAACAAUUCCAAUUCUCUCAGCCUUUCCUCACAGGAGAGGUGUGCCAUCCCUUUCAUCAUCUUGGCGACUUCCUCUGGACUCUCUACAACAGCUCCAUGUCCUUCCUGUGCUGGGACCCCAGAGCUGGAUGCUGCAGUGCAGAGCAGAGGGGCAGAGUCCCCUCCCUCCUCUGCUGGCCACACUGCUUUGGAUGCAGCCCAGGACACGUUUGGCUCUCUGGGCUGUGAGUGCCACUGCUGGGUCAUGUCCAGCCUCUCACCCACCUGCACCCCCGAGUCCUUCUCAGCAGGGCUGCUCGCCAUCUGUCCAUCCCUCAGCCUGGAUUGGUACCGGGGGCUGCCCCAGGUGCAGCACCUUGCACUCAGUCUUAUUAAACCUCAUGAGAUUCCCAUGGACCCAUUUCUCAAACUAGUCCAGGGCCCUUUGGAUGGCAUCCCAUCCUGCAGGAGUGUCAAUCACACCACUGAGCUUGGUGUCAUCAGCAAAUCUGCUGAGGGUGCACUCAACCUCUUCAUCUGUGUCAUUAAUGAAGAUAAUAACACUGUUCUUUAUAUGGACCCCACAUGUCACUGAUGUCCCUUGGGAUUCUGAGCCACUGAACGCUACUCUGGUUGUGACCAUCCAUCUACUUUCUUACUCAUCUAAGAAUCCACCCAUCCAAUCCAUCUCUCCAGUUCUGAAAGAAGAGUGUUGUGGAGGACCAUACUACACAGUUGGUCAUAUCCAAUCCCACAGAUCCAAGCACUUAGUGCUGAGGAGCCCUGAUGGCAUGGAACAAUGUGUGUGGGCCUUUGCUGUGCCUUUUCUGUGUUGGAACUGGCCAUGCCAGCUGUGUUCUUCUCAUGUUACACCUUCAGAAGGUUGUAGGGUUCAAGUUCUCUACCUGUGUUUCCUGGAGAGCUGUAUGAAAAUGACUGUCCUGUGCCUCAGGAGGUGUGCAUCUCAUCAGCAGAGUUUAUGGAAGUAUGAAGGACUGUUGCUGCCAACCUGCUGAGUUUGUUCUCUCCUCACGGGUUAGAGGCCCAUUUUUGAUCUGUAGGACCAAGUUGCAGAUGGGAGGUUAAUCAUUCUCCAGUUCAGCUCUCCUCAGAAAUUCUGACUGUGCUUGCUAGUCCCUUGCUAUCCCUAACCCACUUCUGGCCCUAACAGGCACAGGAGAUUUACAGUCCACUACAUUAAAAGUUUAAAGGAAACUGACAUCCUGUUACUCCUGAAUGUACUGGAGGCAGUUUUCCAGGCAUUCCACUACUCUUGGAAGAGUUUUACGCUAAUAUUCUCCAGAUUUGGGAAACCCAGGUAAUAGUAAGAUGGAAAUAAAAACCUGAUUUCUUUUGUAAUGCAGUGCACUAUGCAAAUCUCUCUCACAUCCUUCAAGAAAUUUUCCACUCCAUAGCUUGAGCCUUGGGUGUAAUAUGGAGUUCUUUGUUUAGAGCUGACAAAAAGGUUCAGCCUCUCAUGUGGCACUGUCCAGCUUUGGAAACAGCUGAGAAAAUACCAGCGUAUCUACAGAUGUAAAUUUUUAGCAAUUGAAUCCCUGAGUUCAGCCAUCUUUAUUGCUUGAGGGGACCUUGAAAGAUCUUUCAUUACAGCCUUUCAUGGGAACAGGACGCCAGAAGUACCCUGCCCAAUCACAUCUUGCAGUGAUUGAUUGCUCUCAGCAUGAGAAAUGUCUAUUACAUCAAGAUCGUCAAGACUCCUUAAGGAGAGUGGCCUUGCACCAAUGUCAGCCACUUCCCUUAAUAUUCCAGGGUGGAUUUCUUCUGAGCCCAUGGAUUUCUGUGGGUUGAGCCCUUGCAAGAGGCUGCAGACCAGCCGUUCACCUACUGGUGGCUUGACACGGGCAUUGUUGUAGAUGCUUGAUCCGGUGCUCCGCGGUCCAGCUAUGCUGGUAAAAAUGGAAGUAAAGAAGAUUUUGAGAAGCUCUGCCUUUUCAGCGUGACUAGUGAGUAGCUUCCCUGCCUAGUUAGGCAAUGACUCUGUAUCUUCCCUGUGCUUCUGCUUACUACUCUCAUAUCUGUAGAAACCUUUCUUGUUAUUCUUGACAUCUUCGGCCAAAUUUAGUUCUAUCUGGGCCUUAGCAUUCCUGCCCACAUUUUUGCAUGCCCUAGCAAGGUUUUUACUGUCCUUCAUGGGUAUUUAGCUGCCUUUCCAUAGCUAGUAUGUGUCCUUUUUUUUCAUUUGUUUGUUUGGGGUUUUUUAGUUUUAAUUGGAGCACUGUUUUGGAGAGGAUCUCCUCAGAACCUGAUUUUCUCUGGAUUCCUGUCCUUGUUCUCUCUUUGUGCCCUAGUCUGUUUGACUGCAAGUUAACUUCAGUUACACAUGGACUGCAACUACCGUGGACUGCUGCAUCAAGACUAUGUGCUUAGGAUGUGUUAACUCAUAAGCACAGAAACCUUGGUCAUGUUUCACAUGAGGUUGUUUAAAUUCAGGUGUUUGUAUAUUGUGAGGGCCAAAAAACCCCUACAUUUUAUAAUGUUGGAUACCUCUGACAUUUGGACCUCUAAAGAGCCAAAGUGCAUACAUACCACACAUAGCAAACAGCUCUGGCUACUGGUAAGUGACCUUUUUUCCUCCCGAAGUUUUACAUUUUUAUGAUAAUAAAUUUUCAAGAUUGAUGUAAAGGUGGAGUGCAGCUGAUCUAUGCUGCCUGCCAAGUAAUCUGUUUUGUCUUUAUGAUGAUCUAAAAGAUGCAUCCCAUACAGGAGGUUGUUGUUUCAGUGUUACUCACUUUGCUCAGCAGGAUCUUCAUUAAUUAUUUCAGAUUAUUUAAUUAAUCAUUCUGAAACUAUAAAUUCAUCCUUUUGAUAAGGAACGAGGCGUAACGGGGUUUUCUCAGGAAUGGGAGCUUUAAAACCAGGUAAAUACAGGAAUCAACAUGGUUUUUCCUUAUUCACCCAUGUUAACCAUUACAGUCCACUAAGAACAAUGUGACAGCUCAUGGAAAAACCAAACUGUGAAGUUCUGGGUUUGUUGUUUUGGUUGCUUUAAGAUAACUGCUUCUAAGUUAAAUGAAAUAUAUUGUUACCUUCAGCUGAGACCCUUAGUGUUUCUAACAGUUAUUUUUUUUGUGAUUUCAUGUUCUCACAUUACCACCUGUGUGAUUUAUGGUCAUUUAUAGUCUUAUGAAUAAAUUCCCUGGUACUGAAUGAGAGACUGGCUAAUAUUACUGGGUUCUGUCAGUACCACUGUUCAUACAAUAACAAAAAUGUGAAUAUUGAAGCUUAAUCCACCAUGGAUAUUAAACUAUUUCAUUGUUUUUCUGAUUCCUUUUCAACUAUAAAUUACUUGUCAACUUUGUGAUCUUUACAAGCCUUGAGAGUUUUCAGAGCCCAUCAGGAUUUAACCAAAUUGUGGCAUUUACCCACCAAAAACUCUUUGCCAAUGAAAGGAGAAGUUUAGUUUCAACAGCUUUAAAUUUUCAAUGUUGAGAACAAGAAAAAUCAUUUUAAUAUAAAUCACAUGAAAGGAAAAACAGUUUUAUACGUUUUAGAAUCCUAUAAUUUAAAGACAAUAGUACUGUUACACAUAAUAAGCUUACUAGUUCAAAUAUUUCUCAUGAAACUGUAUGUUGCACACGUGUAUGUGGGUUUAGGUUGCUUGUUUCAUACUGCUAAAGUUCCUAGUGCAAAUAAUUGUUAUAUUUUAAACUUUUUUCAAGAGUACCUUCAUUGCAAUACCUUCCGUAGUUACAAACCUAUCUGUCCUUACAUUUAUUCUUGUUGUGGGAUCUUCAGGGUCAGUGAAAGUCAGUCUGUUGUUUUUGAAACUUGUCCUGUGCAUUUUGUUCAGCCUUUGUGGUUUGCUAGUACAUCAGUUUCAGUGUAAGCAAUACAGUAUCACUGUAUUUGUCUUGCUGUUGUAUAAAAAAAAUCACUUUAAAUGUCUUCAAACCCAGCUAAAUUAGAAAACUCUAUUUUGGAUGUAUUUUUAAAAAUAAAUUGUAAGUUUCUAUUAUAGAAAACAAUUGCAAUAUCCUAUUAUUUGGUAGUGUUUUAUACGGAUUGUCGUAUGGACCUAGAAUACUGUAUAUGAUUACAAAUAGUUUGUGGAUCUUUCACAUUUUUAUUAUCCAGUGGAGUAUUUUUGGUUAUAUUGAGUCUGGGAUUUGUGGUAGCUGCAAUUUCUUGCUGUUUACGAACCUUUUUGCAAUUAACCCUUUGUUUCCAUGCUUAAUACUUUCUGGCCUGUGCAUUUGACAAUUAAUAAUUUAUUGUAAAAUUUAGUUUACCAGUAUUUUGGGUUUUAAAAUGCUGUGUGGAAAUAUGUAUUGUAAUGAACCCUGGUCAUGGAUCUUCAUGUCAUAUAAUGCAAUAAUGGAUAUUUGGAAAUUAGUAUUUGAUUCAUUAUGGAUCACUUUUAGGUUGAAAGUUACAGUAUGGUUGAACAAAGCGUUUUUUCUUUUGAAAGAAACAGACUUCAGAUGUUCAAGUAAACUUAUCUCAGUUUUCAAAACUA